AUGACGAUCUCGGAUCUGGUCUACUACAUCAGAACUCGUCCCGUGAACGGUUUCGUCUGCUGCACCCGUGGCUCCUCGAUCGCGGUUUGUAAUCCGACCACUAGACAAAUAGUGAAACUGCCGGAUGUUGUCUCCAACGGGAGACAAGUUUUCGCACGUCUCGGGUACGAUCCGGUGGGAGAUCAAUACAAAGUGUUGUGUGUAAUGAUGUUCAAUCGUCACCGCGCUAAGCGUGGGAAAAAAGGUUGCCAACUGGAGCAUUACGUUUUCACAUUGCAGUCUCAACAAAAAGAGUGGAGAAAGAUUGAAAUCACCAAAGGUGUUAGAUAUCACGAUGUCCAUGAAGGGAUAUGCAUCAAUGGUGCUAUAUACUACUAUAUAGCUGAAGGCAGCUCAGGAAUAAUUAGAUUCGAUGUUAGAUCUGAGAAGCUGGACCUGAUUGAAGCACCCGAAGAAUCGCGUAAUUCUUCUUCUCUUUUAAACUACAAUGGGAAAUUGGGCUGUGUAGAUUUUAGAUUCGAUGAGAUGGUGUUGUGGAUUUUAGAAGAUGCUGAGAAACAAGAGUGGUCUGAAUUGCGGUGUGCCCAACCUGAUGACUUGGAUGAUUUAACCGAGGAUUACGUUAUCCUUAAGGGAGAGAUUCGUGCGGGUGAGCUUAUUAUGAUUGAUUCACGGUUAAAGUCACAUAUACCGUUUAGUGUUUUUUAUUACGAUUUUCAAAGAAGGAACAUACGAAGAGUGGAUAUCGAAGGAAUUGCUGAUGAUGAAUUUAGACGUCUUCAUGGGAUUGGUAAGCGAACUCGUGAGAUUUGGAGUUUUCCUGGUUUCGUUGAGAAUAUUAAGUUCUUGUGAGUACUGUGACGAGUUUUUUUUUUCUAAUCAUGACUUCGUCAGCAUGAGGAGAGUCAUCAAUAAUUUUCUAGUGACAUAUAUACUGAUCAGACAUGGUUGAACAGUUUCGGAAAAAAAACUCAAGCUGGACUUGUGAAAUUGUAAAAUCUUUAUCUGCUAACUAAUUAAAACAAACUGUUGCAUUAAGGUUCAUUGUGUAUUGUAGUUUUGGUUUUACCUUUUCAUGUGAGAA